CCCAGCCGUGUGCAAUGAUCCUCCGGUGACAGUUGCUUGGCCUACAUCACCUCUGAAUCUCUCUCUCCUCCUACAGUUGCCCUCAUCACCAUGGAUCUCUCAUCCCUGGAAGGCCCUCCUAUUCCCGACCCGCGGUUCACCGUUCCGUCGCGGCGAUCCAAUAUCCCCAGCAUCCAGCUCGACAUGACCACACCCCUCAGCCCCGUCAGCCCAUUAACACCUCGUGACCUCCCUCCUCGACCGAGUUCGACGGACGCCAUCUUCCGGCCCAGGUCUCAAUACACAUACCGACCUCUCGAGCCAGAAGAUGAGCCCCCUCGGUGCCAGCGCUGCCACAGCCUACAGCCACCAACCGUAACCGACGAGCCCGACAACAACAACCAACAGCAACUGACUCCAUAUCCAACACUCAACCUGCCUCCGCCACCCCCAUCAUCAUCCUUCACACUCCACCCUGCCCCUCGCAGUCGAAGCGUAUCCGACAUUACCCCUCAUCAGUCAUUCUAUCCGAUGCUGAGCACAACCACCACGACCACCGUGACUACCACCCAAGCCGUGACCACCACGACAACAACCCAAGGCAACCGCCUCGUGUGGCUUGAAUCUGAAAAGCUCUGGUUAUUGAAGCCCUUACCGUCGGAGUCAUCGUCACCAUCAUUCCUCACAGACAUGGCCCCCAGCCUCACCCCCAACACUCAAUAUCCACCCUACCACCCGUCCACAGUCCGCAGCGAUUUCCAAUUCACUUCCACGGAGAUCCAUGACAUUCCCCCGCCAUAUGAACGGCAUAUCUACGAUCGGCCCUUGCCGCCGCUGCCUGCAGACAAUAGGUCGAGGGGAGGACUAUACGGGUCUCGAUGGACGGCCGUGGCAAGACGCAGGGCCAAUCGGUCUGUGCUGGGGUGAUGCCAUUUCAAUUACUUAGAAGGAAAAGGGAGAUGUUGAGCUGGAUGCUUAUCU